AUGUUUGCGUUCCUGGUUCCCGGGCUGUGCGUGCUGUGGCUGGAGAGUGUGGGCACCCUCGCCCCCAGGUUCUACUGGGACUUCACCAUGCUGCUGUUCAUGGUGGGAAACCUCAUCAUCAUUCCGGUGGGCAUCACCUUCUUCAAGGACGAGACCACCGCCCCGUGGAUUGUGUUCAACGUGGUCUCGGACACCUUCUUCCUCAUGGACCUGGUGCUGAACUUCCGCACCGGCAUCGUGAUCGAGGACAACACGGAGAUCAUCCUGGACCCCGAGAAGAUCAAGAAGAAGUACCUGCGCACGUGGUUCGUGGUGGACUUCGUGUCCUCCAUCCCCGUGGACUACAUCUUCCUCAUCGUGGAGAAGGGCAUCGACUCCGAGGUCUACAAGACGGCACGCGCCCUGCGCAUCGUGCGCUUCACCAAGAUCCUCAGCCUCCUGCGGCUGCUGCGCCUCUCGCGUCUGAUCCGCUAUAUCCACCAGUGGGAGGAGAUCUUCCACAUGACCUAUGACCUGGCCAGCGCGGUGAUGCGUAUCUGCAACCUCAUCAGCAUGAUGCUGCUGCUCUGCCACUGGGACGGCUGCCUGCAGUUCCUGGUGCCCAUGCUGCAGGACUUCCCGCGCAACUGCUGGGUGUCCAUCAACGGCAUGGUGAACCACUCGUGGAGCGAACUGUACUCCUUCGCGCUCUUCAAGGCCAUGAGCCACAUGCUGUGCAUUGGGUACGGCCGGCAGGCGCCCGAGAGCAUGACGGACAUCUGGCUGACCAUGCUUAGCAUGAUCGUGGGCGCCACCUGCUACGCCAUGUUCAUCGGCCACGCCACUGCCCUCAUCCAGUCGCUGGACUCCUCACGGCGCCAGUACCAGGAGAAGCAGCUCGGUCCGGCUGCGGGGCCGUGCCCGUCUCUCAGACAAGGAAAUUGGGGCCCGAGAGGUGAGCCGGUCCCAGAGGCAGGGCGAAGGGCAAGCGGGAGUGGGGUUUGCAGCGGACCCAGCCCUGCCUCCCCCCUGCAGGAGAUCGUCAACUUCAACUGCCGGAAGCUGGUGGCCUCCAUGCCGCUGUUCGCCAACGCUGACCCCAACUUCGUCACGGCCAUGCUGACCAAGCUCAAGUUCGAGGUCUUCCAGCCGGGUGACUACAUCAUCCGCGAAGGCACCAUCGGGAAGAAGAUGUACUUCAUCCAGCACGGCGUGGUCAGCGUGCUCACCAAGGGCAACAAGGAGAUGAAGCUGUCCGACGGCUCCUACUUCGGGGGUGCGCUGGAGCGGGGCGCGCCUGCAAGUGCUCCCUGUGCACGCGCUGACGCCCCCUCUCCUGCAGGCAAGAAGAAUUCCAUCCUUCUGCACAAGGUGCAGCAUGACCUCAACUCGGGCGUAUUCAACAACCAGGAGAACGCCAUCAUCCAGGAGAUCGUCAAGUACGACCGUGAGAUGGUGCAGCAGGCCGAGCUGGGUCAGCGCGUGGGCCUCUUCCCGCCGCCGCCGCCGCCCACCGGCACCGAGGGGCGAGCCUGGCUGCGCAGGGCACGGGGGCGAGGCUGGGGUCCCGCCGCCGUGAUGAAUGUACUGAAGAGCCGAGGCAGCUGUGCCCCCACCGUGGCCCCCACGCCCCAUUAA